AUGGGAUACCAGACGCCGGACCCUAUGAGUAUGAACCAUCCGCAGACUACGCCCAGCCAUCAGCCGACGCUGGCCGGCAUUCCUCAAUCGCCUUCAGGUUCCACGGCUCCCGCUUAUUACGACUACUCUGAGUCCUUCACAGAAGAGAACUGUUUCUCGCCAGAUUCCAUCGAUGAUGGCCAGCAGCUGCCUUUAAACAUUGAUCAGACGAUAUGGGAAGGUGUGCCUACUCUGACCUCGCGAGAUGCACAAACACCUUUUGGAAUGCGAGAAGGAUCCAGGUUCUACCCGUCUGAACUGCCUACAAAGCAUAACCGACGGCCAAGUGAGCAAUCCAGGCCUAGAACGAGCAAAUCGGAUAGCAAGCAGUCCCAGAAGCCUGGCUCACGUCACAGUGCAAAGCGGGCUUUCGGUGAGACUGUUCCCAAGAGAUCGUCGAGCAUCGAUGCUACCAUCAGUGAGAAGAAACAGAUGGGUCAGGUCGAUCUGAGACGGCCGCGAAGCGAAGACAGCAGCGCUGAGGAUAGACCACGACGAGACCCGCGACGAGCGACCACCGUCUCGCGCCGAUCUGGGACAUCAUCUCCGUCGACGGCAUUCUUUGCCGGCGGUAGUCGCAGUGAUCGUGACCUCGCGCUGCUGGCUGCGCGAGUCCAUUCCCCACUACCGAGUUCUGUGUCUAAACUGCCAGGACCGUCACUCAAACGAGACAAAAAAGUGAAGAACCCAGCGCCGGAGCACAAGCUAUCAGCUCCGAGCACAGAGGUGGUCGUCAGCCCGAGCAAGGCAUGGCAGAUACCAGACUUUUCUUUCCGACCCAUGUCGUUCGCAUCCGAUAGUCUUGCCAGCGGUAAACGACCGAGGACUUCUGAAGCAACUCCAAGUCGUGUACCACUCAAAAUCCACUCGCCUAUGCCCAAAAGGCCAACUUCAUCCCAAAGUCGUAAGCGUUUCAGCAAGAUACUAGAUGUCGAGACUGUGGACCAGCAGAUGCCAGAUCGUGUCAUCGUCAAACAGCCGAGCUGCGUAACAGAGCCCGGCUUGAAUAUGGUCGAGGAGAGUCCUGUCAAGAGUACUCAGGCACCACCCGUGGAAGAUGUCUCAGCCCUAGCCAAGAGCCCGUCCACCUUGGAGGAUUGGCCGCCAUACAACUUUGUGGACGACCGACUCGAACGUGAUAGCGGAGUUACUAGUCAUGACAAAUCCACGGUCGAGUCUCUGCUGGACAGGCACAUAGAAUGCUUGGGCUUGCAUCCCGAUCAUCAAUACGACAAUCCUGCAGUCGACACCCCAGGACCUCGAGGUGCCUCCAUCGACGGCAAGGAGAGCAAGACCGAUACUUCCACGACACUCAGACUUACUGAAAUGCUAGAAAAUGUACCCGUCAUGGACCGCGGUCGGCCCACGACAUCAGCUUCACAGCAAUACUCGAGCUUGGCUACACUUGACCGACAUGCGAUGAAGCCACGACGGCUAUUUGCCAGUAUGGACGGAGGUAUUCCAGGGACAAUUGAAGAGCAGUCAAUUUCCGUUCCUUCGCGGUCACUGGUGCCAGGAGAGUAUCGACCGUCAUUUGGCUGGCAGACGCUUCCCUCGACAAGUGCCUUGAACAAUUCCACCAUUGAUCUGCCGACGCUAACCUCAGGCGAGCUUGGUGACGUCGAUACAAGCGAAACAGUAUCAAAGCUGAAGGUCAAACGGCGUUCUUUGAUGAGUACAAGUGCCUCUGAGUUGUCGAUCCUUUCUACGCUUUCAUCAGCAGGCUUGACUCCAGAGACGACAUGUGGCUUGCAUAAAAGAUCAAAGAGUGAGAUUGUUGCGCGUCAGGCAUCUCACCGACGUCGUCGCAUUCGCAUCAGGCUGAAGAUGAAGACUCGAUCUAGAACGACCGGCGAUUUGAGCAACAGGGAACUCAUGGACCACACAGCACCCGAUAUGAAGUCCGCGAAAGACGAUAUGAGAGACGAGAAGUCGCCGGUCAGAGGCUACGCGGAGCUAAGUGGUGAUUCCGUGCAGCCGUCCUACAACAGUCUGGCGAAUCGCCUUUCUGGGCCACCUCCAAUUCCCAACCGUUGGUCGAGCAUCAUAGCAUCUAUGCCUCUGCCAGGGAAGAAAAGUCACGAAGUCACACGCAAGCUAUCGGUCCGCAGCCAUCGAUCACAUCGCAGCAACAACAGCAUUGUCGAGCCUGUCAACGCUACGCGCAUGGCCAGACCAGUCCCUAGGAUGGGCAGCAUUCCGCAGUUGGCACCACCCGAUCUCGGUCCUCCCUUGACCUCGUCGGAGCUGAAUUUGAGCAUCCCAUAUGCUGAGGUUCCAUCGACAAUUCGUCCGACCCUGCGAGAGACGAAGAGCUUCUUUUCCGCCAAUAGCUCAACUCAGAGGGUCAGAACUUCGUUGCGACAGAAGCUGCACCUGCACAGCUUGCGUAACGUGCUGCCGGCAUCUCCAUUGGCUUCGGCACCACAUACGCAACAACUGAACACCGUGGCUUUCAGUCAUUCUUGUCAGAUGAAAGGCCACACAACGCUCGACGGGGGCCUCGAGGUGCCAAGUAACACCAUUCCCAUGACUGAUUUUGCGUACAGGCGGAGGAAGGUAGUUGAAAAGUUCAAGGACUGGUGGAAGAGGCAAUGCUUGCAGAAAGUCGUCAAUGGCCGGAAGGUGAGGAGAGAUCGGGAGCGCACGAUUCCUGGUACCGUGGUCUGGUCAGGUUGA